AUGGCGCUGCCUGUGGAUGCUGGUGCUGGGAUGGUACUCCCACCGCCCGAUCCCAUCACGCCACGACAAGCGGUCGACGACGUACUUCUGAUCCUGAUGCAGAUCCGACAUAAACUCAAGACCAUGAUCGACUGGUACAUCUACCCGGAAAUCAUCCCGAACGAGAUCCAAGCGUACGACCCGCGACUGGUGAUUCUACAGCAACGGCUAAGAUCCAUGGCCACGCUCUCGUAUCCACAGCUACCAUACCUCAUCGACAACUCGGAUGUCAUAGCCGCACAGUACUUGACCGUGAUAGUCAGCCAACUACUCAACUCGGUGCACGGGAUCCAGAAGAUCUUCAUGAACCACUAUGACCGCGACUUGGAAGACUCGCGACCAUUUGCGACCAUCUGGGAAACCUUGAACUACCGUAUAGAACAACUCAACCAGAUCCCCAACCUCAACCCCAACAACCCACGGCGUCUGCGACCCGAAGAUCUGCGCGCCAACGAGCUGGGCAAUUUCUGUCGUGGUGCACUCCAGAUCAGCAACAACCGCGACAAAGGCCGGCUUUCCUUCGUGGACAAGAAAGAUCUGCUCGACGAGGAGCGGCGGAAACUCAAGGCCUUCGGCGGCGCCUUUCUCAACUGGGAGUGUCCCGAGUGUGCAUACAAGGUGCGCUACCACGUCGCGAGUAGCGUGACGUCCAACAUCCACAGCACCGACGAGAUUCGCGAGCACGACGGCGUCGCCGUACAGUACCGCAGUUCCUUCGCCGCCAAGUGUCACCUCUACCUACCGCUCAGCGAGAAGGCGAAGGCGUCGAUGUCGACAUCCUCGACCAACACUCGCCGCGACAGCAAUAUCCUGGGCGCCGUGGUCAAGUAUGGCUGUGUUUUCUGUUUCGCCCGCGGACGUCAGCUGGAGCGCGGCGACAGUGCAUUCACCACGGCCCGCGACUUGGUCGAGCAUAUCGACCACGAGCAUAGAAAUCCUCUUCCGCCGAGUAUGAUGUUGCAUCGAUUCCUUGUCGCUGUGGAGGGGAAGACGCACGAUGAGUGGAAACGAUGGGAUUUGAAUUUUGUCUAG